AAGCACCUCCACUGCCGUGCAGCGUCCACUUCCGCCAUGGCUGCCCCCACCCGCUACGACGUCGUGGUGGUGGGCGCCGGCUCGGGCGGCCUCACCGCCGCGAAGACGGCGGCGCGCUUCGGAGCCAAGACGAUGUUGGUGGAACGCCUGCCACGCUUGGGAGGUGAUUGCACCUGGUUUGGCUGCGUUCCAUCAAAGGCCUUGAUCCGAUGCGCGCACGCCUUCCAUGAGGCACGCUCCAAGGCGCAGCUGUUGGGAGUGGAAGGUAUUGAGACCGAGAAGCUCCAGUGCAAUUGGCAAAAGGUCAAGGAGCACAUCAAGUCGUGUCAAGACUUCAUUUACAAAGAAGAUGACAGCCCCGAAGUGCUGGAAACUGCAGGGGUCACGGUGCGCGUGGGCUGUCACGCAUCCUUCCUGGAUUCCAAGACGAUUCAGCUCACGUCAGGCGACACUGGUGCCGAGCCGGUGGAGACGGUAUUUGCGGAGCACUUCAUCCUUUGCACAGGUGCCAGCCCUGUCUUGCCACCCGUGAAAGGCCUCGAGGAUGUGGCACAAGCGAUGCAACGCUUCGGCGUCCAGGUGACCCUUGUGGGCAAGCUGAUGCCACGAGAAGAUGAAGAUGUGCGAGGAGUCAUGACAGAGAUCUUCACUGAGGAGGGCAUCACUGUGGUGGCUGCCCGCGCUGACUCGGUCGAGCGCGUCGAGGGCGGAGGUCUCCUACUUCGCGCGGGUGAUCGUGAGCUCCGCUGCGCGGCACUGCUGGUGGCGGCCGGGCGACGGCCGCAGAACCUGGAGAAGCUGAAGUUGGAACGUGCUCAAGUGCGAUGGACCAAGGACGGCAUCCCUGUGGAUCAGAAGCUCCGCAGCAAUGUGCGCCACAUCAUGGCUGUGGGCGACUGCCUGGGUGGGCUUCAGUUCACCCAUCUAGCGGGAUACCAGGGCGCGUUGGCCGCCUUCAAUUGCGUGCAAGGGAUCCAAGUGAAAGGACCUUCGGGUGGACAAGUGCCGCGAUGCACCUUCACACAUCCAGAGGUGGCCACUGUGGGGCUGACCUUCACGGAGGCCGUGACGCAACUGGGCGCCGUCCGGGUCUCCGCGCGCCUGCGGCGCUUGGACCACGUGGACCGGGCCAUCUGCGAAUACGAGACGCGAGGCUUCAUCAAGAUGGUGGUCUCCUCCUCGGGGCUUCUGCUGGGCGCCACGGUGGUCGCGCCCAACGCGGGGGAGAUCGCCAGCGAGCUGGGCCUGGCCGUGGCGCAGAAGUUGAAGUUGCAGGCCAUCGCUUCGUGCAUCCACGCGUAUCCCACCAUGAGCUUCGCGCUGCAGCAACUGGCUGCAGAGGACUAUUACGCCAGUUUGCAGAAGAGCCGCACCCUGCGCUGCCUCCGGUCGAUGUGCGGUCCUCGUUUGCAUGGCGCUCGCUGAAGCGUUGAAGUCUGGCUGGAUCCUGCUGGAUCCUCUCCAGCACCGCGCAAAGUCGCGAGUUUGAGCCCGUCAUGACCAGAUGAAGCGCGUUUGGACUGCGGGCGUGUUUGAGAAAGACAUUUGAACUUGCACGGUGCCCUCCACAAUCUGGUUGGUCUAUCUUGAUCUAUAUAAAUGCAUCAUCACCAUUCAUG